AUACCUACGCAGGACCUAGCUCAGCUGUGUCCUAAACAGUACCAGGCAGGUGGCGACUUGAGAACUCUGUGCCCGGUUUCUGAGGACUGUUUCACCAUGCAGUGGCUGAUGAGGUUCCGGACCCUCUGGGGCAUCCACAAAUCCUUCCACAACAUCCACCCUGCCCCUUCGCAGCUGCGCUGCCGGUCUUUAUCAGAAUUUGGAGCCCCAAGAUGGAAUGACUAUGAAGUACCAGAGGAAUUUAACUUUGCAAGUUAUGUACUGGACUACUGGGCUCAAAUGGAGAAGGAGGGCAAGAGAGGUCCAAAUCCAGCCUUUUGGUGGGUGAAUGGCCAAGGGGAUGAAAUAAAGUGGAGCUUCAGAGAGAUGGGAGUCCUAACCCGCCGUGUAGCCAAUGUCUUCACACAGACCUGUGGCCUGCAGCAGGGAGACCAUCUGGCCUUGAUUCUGCCUCGAGUGCCUGAGUGGUGGCUGGUGGCUGUGGGCUGCAUGCGAACAGGGAUCAUCUUCAUUCCUGCGACCAUCCUGUUGAAGGCCAAAGACAUUCUCUAUCGACUACAGAUGUCUAAAGCCAAGGGCAUUGUGACCAUAGAUACCCUUGCCUCAGAGGUGGACUCCAUAUCUUCUGAGUGCCCCUCUCUGAAAACCAAGCUCCUGGUGUCUGAUCACAGCCGUGAAGGGUGGCUGGACUUCCGAUCGCUGGUUAAAUCAGCAUCCCCAGAACACACUUGUAUUAAGUCAAAGACCUUGGACCCAAUGGUCAUCUUCUUCACCAGUGGGACCACAGGCUUCCCCAAGAUGGCAAAACACUCCCAUGGGUUGGCCUUACAGCCCUCCUUCCCAGGAAGGAGGAAAUUAUGGAGCCUAAAGACAUCCGAUGUCUGCUGGUGCCUGUCGGACUCAGGAUGGAUCGUGGCUACCAUUUGGACCCUGGUAGAACCAUGGACAGCGGGAUGUACAGUCUUUAUCCACCAUCUGCCACAGUUUGACACCAAGGUCAUUGUACAGACAUUGUUGAAAUACCCCAUCAACCACUUUUGGGGGGUAUCAUCUAUAUUUCGAAUGAUUCUGCAGCAGGAUUUCACCAGUAUCAGGUUCCCUGCCCUGGAGCAUUGCUGUACUAGCGGGGAGGUCAUGUUUCCCAAGGAUCAGGAGGAGUGGAAAAGACGGACGGGCCUUCUGCUCUACGAGAACUAUGGGCAGUCGGAAACGGGACUAAUUUGUGCCACCUUCCCGGGAAUGAAGAUCAAGCCGGGUUUCAUGGGGAAGGCCACUCCACCCUACGACGUCCAGGUCAUUGAUGACAAGGGCAGCAUCCUGCCACCCAACACAGAAGGAAACAUUGGCAUCAGAAUCAAGCCUGUCAGGCCUGUAAGCCUCUUCAAGUGCUAUGAGGGUGACCCAGAGAAGACAGCUGAAGUGGAAUGCGGGGACUUCUACAACACUGGGGACAGAGGAAAGAUGGAUGAAGAGGGCUACAUUUGUUUCCUGGGGAGGAGUGAUGACAUCAUUAAUGCCUCUGGGUAUCGCAUCGGGCCUGCAGAGGUUGAAAGCGCUUUGGUGGAGCACCCAGCGGUGGCGGAGUCAGCCGUGGUGGGCAGCCCAGACCCGAUUCGAGGGGAGGUGGUGAAGGCCUUUAUUGUCCUGACCCCACAGUUCCUGUCCCAUGACAAGGAUCAGCUGAUCAAGGAACUGCAGCAGCAUGUCAAGUCAGUGACAGCCCCAUACAAGUACCCAAGGAAGGUGGAGUUUGUCUCAGAGCUGCCAAAAACCAUCACUGGCAAGAUUAAACAGAAUGAACUUCGGAAAAAGGAGAUUGGUCAGAUGUAAUCAGCAGUGAACUCAGAACCCACUGCGCACCUAAGGCAAAUCCCUGGCCACUCUAGUCUCCCCACUAUGGUGAAGAUGAGGGUGGGGCAUUGAGAGUGUUGAUUUGGGAAAGUAUCAGGAGUGCCACGAUUCCAAUGUUUGUGUUAUUUUAAAUUAAAUUCAGUUACUCUGCUUCCUCCAAGUCCUCUGUAUCUUUAGGAUUUCCCAGGUGAGCACUCAGAUUGCAAGUAAUAAAAUACUGAUAUCAACAA